AGUUACACACAUGGAACAAGCAGAGGGAGGGCGAGAGAGACACUGGGGAGAUAGACUGUGCAGCAGCAGGAGGAAGAGGGGAGGGGAAAGUUAGACGGACAAGCCCGAAGCAACUUUUCUCCUCUGUCUUUUCUCUGAAAGGGAAUACACCAGAAAACAGGAAAGACACUGGAAACCAUUUCAAUUUCUUUAGACACGUGAAUUAUGGAUUAAUUAAAUCACACGUUUGUGGAUCUAAGGACAGUUGAAGUGGUCAUCCGGCGGAGGAGGUGAAGCGAGGCGAGGUGCUGCUGUCGGAGGAGAAACAUCAUGUGGGUUCUCUGCUCUGCUUUCACUCUGCUGGCCAUCAGCCUCGGAUCAUGUGACACCCUGAUGUCAGAACAAGGUGCGUCUUGUCCACCUUUACAAGUGGCUGACUGGAGGUUCCCCCAAUCAUCCAGGGUCAAUAUUACUGGUUUUAAUCUGGUGAGACGAUUUUCCCUGCUGAAGGACACAAAUGUCAAGAAGAUCCGCAGCCCUCGAGGUGCCGUCAUCCUACGCCUGGGCAAGACGGCACUCUUGCGCCCCAGCGACCAGGUGUUCCCUCAUGGCCUACCUGACGAGUACACCCUCAUCUUCACCCUAGCUUUGAAGAAGGCUGCUCUUCGGGACACCAUCUACCUCUUUCAGAUAUCAGACCGGCAGGGAUACCCGCAGCUCUCAGUGGAAUUCAGCGGUCCUGAUGGGACCUUGUCUAUACGAGCAGCAGGGCUGGACCCUGCGGCUGGCCCAGUAAGCUGUGUUUUCACUGGGGAGGGUGUGGAGGCCCUGAUGGACCUUCGCUGGCACAAGUUGGCCCUCAGCAUUCAGCACAACGCCGUCUCCCUCUAUGUAGACUGUGACUCCAUCGAAACAAGGCCUCUUGGGCCGCGAGGCGUCCUGAAAACAGAUGGACACACACUGCUGGGUGUUCGAGCUGAAGAUGCUGGUCCAGUACAAAUGGACAUUCAGCAGGUGAUGCUGUACUGUGACCCGCUGCUUGCCACCCAAGAGACUUGCUGUGAGAUACCUGGAGCUCGGUGUCCUCCUGAAGCCUCUAAGAGUCGCCGAGCUGCUGAGAAUGACCUGGUUGAGAACACAUUUACCCAGGAUAUUUUUGCAUCCAAAGAUCUUGCAGAAAAAGUAUUGAACUUUGGCGGAGUUGCUGGGUUAAAAGGGGAAAAAGGCGAUCGGGGUGAUGCCUGUUCUGGCUCCAAUCCAGGGCCAUGCACAGAGGGACCCCAAGGCCAGAAGGGAGAGAAAGGCGAGCCGGGAAUGGCUUCCAACUGGGGCGAAGCAGUAGCAUACAAGGGAGAGAAAGGUCAGAAAGGAGAAAUUGGUCUGCAAGGUCUGACUGGGACACCUGGGAAGGAUGGUCGAGCGGGGUCCAUCUGUGUGGUCGGCCCCAAGGGACAGAAGGGUGUACCGGGUGCGGUGGGUCCUGAAGGGCUGGCUGGAGAGCCUGGAAAACCUGGACUUCCAGGUCUGACAGGAAGUGGAAAGCCAGGACCUCCGGGCCCUCCUGGAGAGGCUGGAGGUGCAAAAGGAGAAAAGGGAGACUCCGGCCCUAAAGGAGAAGACGGAUUACCUGGAGAUCGAGGACCAAGAGGCCCAGGGGGUCCUAAAGGGGAGAAGGGCGAUGCGUGCGAAGUGUGCCCAGGGCUGCCUUCGGACAUGAGCAACAUGGUGGCUUUGCAGGGGAAACCCGGCCCUAAAGGCGAGCCGGGAUCACCCGGAGUAGGGAUGAGAGGACUCCCAGGCCCUACAGGUGCAGACGGCAAAGCCGGACCACAGGGAGAACCAGGAACUUUUGGUGCCAAAGGAGAAAAGGGGGAACCGUGUUCCUCGUGCCCCACCAAUGGACAGCUGCCAGGUGCUCUACCCUCAACUCUGCAGCUGAAGGGUGAGAAGGGCCAGCCUGGGAUCGGACUCAAAGGGGAACCGGGGGAGCCAGGAAACACGGGCUUAUCUGGGCUUAAAGGAGAGAAGGGCAACGCAGGCAGCACAGGAGCUGAUGGUAAGCCGGGGAAGCCUGGAGCGAGGGGACCUGGUGGCAAGGAUGGACAGAAAGGUGCAAAGGGAGAACAAGGCCCACCUGGUGUCAGUAAUCCUGGCCUAAAGGGUGAGAAGGGCGAGUGUGGUGUGUGCCAGCCAUCGGAGGUUGGUCCUUUGCCUGCUGGAAUUAAAAUGCCGGAGGGAAGAAAAGGUGAACCUGGCCCUCCAGGUCCGCCUGGACCUCCAGGUCUCGGAGCUGAUGGCAAACAGGGACCCCCGGGGCCGCUUGGUGCUAGGGGAGAAAAGGGUGAAGAAGGAGACCAAGGAGAAAAAGGACUGGAUGGAUCUCCUGGAGUCCCGGGACUGCCUGGAGAGCCUGGUCGGGAUGGACUAAGGGGCUUGAAGGGGGAGAAGGGUGAUGCAUGUACCAGCUGUUCUCCCCUUGGCAUUGCGGUGGCUGAUGGUGUGGCUGUACCAGGCCCCAAAGGAGAAAGAGGAGAACCUGGACCACCAGGAGCAGGAAAGCCUGGCAAGAAUGGAAAACCAGGUUUACCAGGUGUUCAAGGGCAGCCCGGUCCCAAAGGAAGCAAGGGAGAAACUGGAGCUGCAGGAAUUGGACCUCCAGGUCCAGAGGGUGACGAGGGGCCAAGAGGCCUUCCAGGGCUUGUCGGACCACCUGGAGUCAGAGGAUCACCUGGCCUGGAUGGCCCUGCAGGGGAGAAGGGCUCCAGAGGUGAUAUGGGACCCCCUGGGCCACAGGGGCCAGUGGGUGUUGGUGCAGUGGGGCCCGCGGGUAGAGAUGGAGCCCCCGGUCCUGAAGGAGAGGCAGGAGCUGAUGGGAAGCCCGGACGGGAUGGAGCUAAAGGGGACAAGGGUGAACCAGGGGUGUGCAACUGCAUUAUGCCCAUGCAGCCGAGCAUAGGUGGACCUGGAGCUCCAGGAACAGCAGGAAACAUGUGGCAGCUCGGCCCUCAGGGUCCCCCAGGUCCCCCCGGCCCUCCCGGCCCCCCUGGACCCCAGGGUGUUAAUGGGAUCCAAGGCCCUCAGGGUAUCCCUGGAAACGACGGGAUACCAGGGAAUCCGGGUUUGCCUGGAAAGCUCGACUAUGUUGGACCGCGGCAGCCACUUCAGGAUUCCACAGACAUAGAUGAGGGAUGUGAAGGGGGCUGCUCCAAGGGGUUGCCAGGGGUACCAGGCAUGGCUGGGGCCAAGGGUGAGAAAGGAGACCAAGGCAAGCCUGGUGCAACCCUUUUGGACAGCUGUGACAGGUGUUUAGAGAGGCUGCAAAAGGAACCAGCCACGCAAGCAGUGGGAGAUCGGUCCUACACAGGAACACCUGGACAUCCGGGGGUGCCCGGAUCACCUGGAAUCAAAGGCGAUCCUGGUGCACCAGGAGAAAGAGGUCCAGCUGGAACUCCAGGAUUCAUGGGUCCUCCUGGUUUCCCGGGUCCUCAGGGUCCAUCCGGACCAGCUGGUCAGCAGGGUGAGCGCGGGUCGCCCGGCCUCUCUGGACUCAAGGGCGAGCAGGGGCCUCCGGGAACGCCUGGUUAUCCGGGAGCCAUGGGACCGCCCGGAUUGCCUGGACUGAAGGGUGAGCGUGGAAGCCCGGGAAGCGCUGGUCAGAAAGGAGAAUUGGGUCCUUCUGGAGCCCCCGGGUAUCAAGGACAGGCUGGUGCACAGGGCAUUAAAGGAGAGACGGGACCAGCAGGGUCCGCUGGUGAGAAAGGAGAACAGGGUUUCCAAGGACAACCGGGAUUUCCAGGACCACCAGGUGCACCUGGUCCUGCAGGUAAACCUGGAAGAGAAGGCACUGCUGGACUCAAAGGUGAAAAAGGUAAUGAUGGUUCUCCGGGCGCUCAGGGACCAACUGGUCCCCCCGGGUCUCCUGGCUCUCCAGGACUUAUGGGUCCCCCUGGCAUCGAGGGAAUUGAUGGAAAACCUGGGAAGCCAGGUCUGAGGGGAGAACCAGGCCUGCAAGGCCCAGCAGGACUCCGAGGAAUCCCAGGAUUCAAAGGGAAAACAGGGCAUGUUGGCUUUCCUGGACAGAAGGGAGAGGCCGGACCUACAGGUCCACCAGGACCACCGGGGAGGCCAGGUCAUGAGGGUGAUCCAGGUGCCCCUGGAGCUCAGGGACGACCAGGACCUGCAGGCCACAUCGGUCCCGCUGGGCCAGCAGGACCUCCAGGGCCUACUGGUCCAUCAGGAGUGGGCAUACCAGGAGACAAGGGCCAAGCUGGAGAAAGAGGCACCCCAGGGAUGGCUGGACCUCCAGGACCACCUGGGCAUCCGGGGCUUUUAGGCGAGCCUGGUAGUGAUGGUGCUGCUGGUAAAGAUGGAGCGCCAGGCCUACCGGGAGAAAAUGGGCAGCCAGGUCAAAAAGGUGAGCCAGGGGCUGCCGGCCAGAGAGGUCCGCCAGGAGAGAGAGGUAGACCAGGCCCCCCAGGUGGUGGAGGCCAUAUGGGCAAGGACGCUCAACCCAUGAUGGGACCAGCCGGACCUAGAGGGGAAAGGGGAAGCCCAGGCUCAGCAGGCCUUCCUGGAUCGCCUGGCACCCCAGGGAUACCAGGAAAUGAUGCUGUCAUCAAUUACGAUGAAAUCAAGAACUUCAUUCGCCAACAGGUCAUGAAGGUCUUUGAUGAGAGAAUGGCCUACUACAUGUCUCGCAUGCAGACGCCAGUAGAGAUGGUGGCAUCACCUGGUCGACCAGGACCCCCAGGGAAAGAUGGAUCCCCAGGAAAUCCUGGAGCCCCAGGUACUCCAGGUCUUCCAGGGCAAAUUGGCAGGCAAGGACGUCCUGGAAGCCAAGGACCCCCAGGACCCCAAGGACCACCUGGAGUAAAGGGUGACAAAGGUGUUGGGGAGAUGGGAGAUGUAGGACCUCCUGGAUCACCAGGUAUUCCGGGCCCCCCAGGCUAUGGCAAAACAGGACCCCCUGGUCCUGUUGGCCAGCAGGGUGUUCCUGGGAUCCCAGGAUCUCAAGGACCACCUGGAGUAAAAGGAAAGGAUGGGCGAUGUAAUCCUGGAGACUGUAUGAGCCAUCAAGUAGAAUACAGCCCCAAGGGCCCACCUAUCAAAGGCCCCUGGUAGAGAACUAGAGGAUGGGUGCAGAGAGACUACGGUUUAUGGAGAAGCCAAAGAUCAAAAUGAGAUGCUUCAUCUGACCCAAGAUUGAAAAAAGAAGCUGCUUUUGGUGCUGGACUGAUGGACUUACCCUUUAAGACUUUGACUAAAGAUCUGAGAACAGUUUUUAAAAGGGCCCGCUGGACCUGAGGCCCACAAACACACAGCGGCCAUCACCUUUCAUCCAGCAUUCCUUUCACCUUGGAUGUUAACUCUUUGCUUUGUCUCCAUCUAGUCUUUGUUUAAAGUGUUUUUCUGGUCUCCAGGAAGGUAACAGUCAAACAUUUCCUCUGCCUUCAUUUCUUUCAAACGUUUGUUUUUAAUGGUCCUUAUUUUUUUUCCUCUGAAUCUGUAAGAUGAGUUAGCCAGACUGUUUUUGUUUGCUCCCAUCGCUCCCAUCUCUGUUCACUUCCAUUCUGCAUCAUGCUCAGUCUUCCCAGAAUUACACAUUUGAAUUGACCCUGGAGGCCAUUAAAGCCAACGUUGCAGUGCCUGCCCUCCUUGAUGGGCUGUUUUGUACAUAUUUAUAAGUGUGUAUAUAUAUAUAUCGGAAUUUUAUACUUUUAGAAGUUUUUGAUAUUGGCCAUGCUAAUUAUUAGCUCGUUUUUAGUGGCGAUGGUGAAACAGGUCCUAAAGAAAUAUUUCCUUACAAAUUCUUUAAGCGUUAAAUUGAAUAACAUGUCCAAUAAAGGCAGAACAUUUAUUAAAGACGUUUAGAUGCAUACAGGAAACACCAGGAUCUGAAGCCGUUUUAGUCAUUCCUCUUUACUCCAGACCAGUUCUAAUAACAGGUGACACGCCUUUUUCCUUUAAAACUGGUGGCCCUUGUUUCCUCUGCUAAGCAUCACAGCCUGUUGGUGUUACAAAUGAAGUGUGUUUCAUUUCAGCUUUGUUUUUAUUUAUAACAGAGUUUAAACUCACUUCCUCUAUUUUGUCUGACAGUUUGAACUUUGAGCCAAAGUCAAACCAGCUUCUCUAAAGAGGAACCUUUCCUCGCAGAUGUUAACCUGAACUAAUAAAAGCUUUUCAUGGAA